ACGGCGAACAAGGAGGGUCAGUUAGCGUUGGGGUUUGGUUGGCUAGUUGCUGCGGCGGAACAACGACGAUGUCGGAUCCGGAGUCGGUGAGGUGCUCCAGUGCCAGGAACCGCGGGGGCGUUCAGAGAGUGGAAGGAAAACUGCGAGCCAGUGUUGAAAAGGGGGAUUACUAUGAAGCGCACCAGAUGUACAGGACUUUAUUUUUUAGAUAUAUGUCACAGGCAAAACACGCUGAAGCUCGGGAGCUGAUGCAUAAUGGAGCUCUCCUCUUCUUCAGCUACAACCAGCAGAACAGUGCAGCAGAUCUGUCCAUGCUGGUGCUGGAAGUGUUGGAGAAAUCUGAGACAAAAGUUGAGGACGACAUAUUAGUAGAGAACCUCGCUAAACUGUUCAGCCUGAUGGACCCAAACUCUCCAGAGAGAGUCGCGUUCGUGUCCAGAGCCUUGAAGUGGUCCACAGGAGGGUCGAGCAAGUUGGGUCACCCAAAACUACACCAGCUGCUGGCUGUCACCUUAUGGAAAGAGCAAAAUUACAGUGAGUCUCGUUACCACUUCUUGCAUUCGUCGGACGGGGAGGGCUGCGCCCAGAUGCUGGUGGAGUAUUCGGCGUCACGAGGCUUCCGCAGCGAGGUCGACAUGUUUGUGGCGCAGGCCGUCCUACAGUUCCUCUGCUUAAAGAACAAAAACAGCGCUUCCGUGGUGUUCAGCACUUACACAGAGAAACACCCGUCCAUAGAGAAGGGUCCACCGUUCGUCCAGCCGCUCCUAAACUUUAUCUGGUUUCUGCUGCUGGCAGUGGAUGGGGGUAAAUUAACAGUUUUCACAGUGUUGUGUGAGCAGUAUCAACCUUCUCUUAAGAGGGACCCCAUGUAUAAUGAGUAUCUCGAUAGAAUAGGACAGCUUUUCUUCGGUGUUCCACCCAAACAGUCGCCAUCGUACGGCGGAUUGCUAGGAAACCUGCUGAACAGCCUGAUGGGGUCGGGCGAGGACAAUGACAGCACUGAGGAAGCCCACGAGGACAGCAGUCCCAUAGAACUGGACUGAUCCUGGUUCAGCGGAGAAUAGACCCACACAAAUGGAGGAAAACCGCACCGCUUCACCGCCACAGCAGGCUCGGAUUCCCGGUGCAGGUCCACAUUUUCAGAGGCGUGUUGUUUUCACACCCACCCCCACUCCCCCCCCACCCC